GGUUUAUUGACGCCACAUUGACGCAUCUUGUCAAAAAUGUACUCAAGAUAUUUUCUAUUUACCUUUUUAUUCGCUCAUUUUAUCACAGCCUUGAGGAAAACCGUCGCAGACGGGUUUUCCUCCAUCGUACACUACUCGCUGAAAUCGGCAAUGCUGUAACUAUUUUUACACUUUUCGCGCUUACGAAAUAUGACGCCGGCGGCAAGAGCUGUAUUUUUUAUGUGUCGCGGACAGUUGGGACACGACCGGGGUUUUCUUCUAAGAAAACAUGCUGACGGUUAAGACCAUUUACGUGCACGAGGUCAGUCAAAAUGAUCUGUUUUCAUAGGGAGGCGGAUUUUUGAGACGAGCCAACGAGACACAAUUGAGGGAGAUAUUCAACAGAUACGCUUCCGUAGAGCAAAAUGGCGAGAAGUACAUGACCUCAGAGGACUUCGUUAUCGGAUACUUGAGAAUAUUGGAUGAGAAAAACCACAAUGCGGACACAGUGAGGCUGUUAGGUUCGAUUGUCGACACUAGCAAAGACGGCCUCAUCUCGUAUGCGGAAUUCCAGGCCUUCGAGGGCCUCCUCUGCUUCCCCGAUGCCCUCUACAAGACUGCCUUUCAAUUGUUCGACACUAACGGAAAUGGAAUGGUUAGUUUUCAAGAAUUCUCUGAGGUGAUCCAGAAGACGGAGCUACACAAGAAGAUUCCGUUCAACUUGAACUCGCCGUUCAUCCAGCUGUACUUCGGCAAAGACAAGAGUCGACUGGUGUCCUACAGCGAGUUCAGCCAGUUUCUACACGACUUCCACGAAGAGUACGCCAUCGAAGGUUUUAGAAGGGCUGACAAAAAUGGCACAGGUUUUAUAUCUAUUUUGGAUUUUCAGGAAAUCAUGAGCAGCAUCAAGAGCCAUCUGCUUACUAGUCAGGUCCAGUCGCAUCUUAUAGAGGCAGCACAACUAUCUCAAGGAGCUGGCUCCAGAGUCAGUUUCCCGUACUUCAUAGCCUUCAACUCCUUGUUGAACAACAUGGAGUUGGUGAAACGGAUCUACUUGAACGUAACGAACGGCCACAGGACGCAAGAGGUCAGCAAGGAGGAAUUCAUGCAUUCUGCGCAGGCCAUGUCCCAAAUGACGCCGCUAGAGGUGGACAUUCUGUUCCAUCUUUGCGACAUCCUGCAUCAAACCGGAUAUUUGUACAACGAAGACGACGUAUGGGAUGGGAGGAUAGUAUAUAAUGAUCUGUAUGCCAUCGCCCCUGAACAAUACUUCAAACAGAUUACGAAUAGAUUAGCAGAAAUUCAUGCUGUUUCAGGUCCAGAAGAUCGAGGUGUGUUAAUUCAAAUCCUUGAGAGCACCUACAGAUUUUCGCUUGGUUCCAUAGCCGGAGCUGUGGGAGCAACAGCCGUGUACCCCAUAGAUUUAGUAAAGACACGGAUGCAAAACCAAAGGACGGGCUCCUUUAUUGGUGAGCUGAUGUACAGGAAUAGUUUCGAUUGCUUCAAGAAAGUAAUCAGGCACGAGGGCGUCUUCGGAUUGUACAGGGGGCUCGUCCCGCAAUUGAUGGGUGUCGCACCCGAAAAGGCUAUAAAACUCACAGUAAACGAUUUUGUCAGGGAUAAGCUAAUGGAUAAAAAUGGAAAUAUUCCCAUGUGGGGUGAAGUUCUUAGUGGUGCCUGUGCUGGAGCUUCCCAAGUCAUAUUUACGAAUCCAUUAGAAAUUGUCAAAAUUCGAUUGCAAGUAGCUGGAGAAAUAGCGGGGGGCGCUAAAGUGAGAGCCUGGACAGUUGUGAAAGAUUUAGGAUUUUUUGGCUUAUAUAAAGGCGCGAAGGCUUGUUGGCUUCGUGACAUCCCGUUUAGUGCAAUCUAUUUCCCGGGAUACGCCCACGCCAAAGAGAAAUUCGCCGACGAAAAUGGAUACAAUAGUCCGUUUUCGCUAUUUGCAGCUGGUUUGAUUGCUGGAGUCCCCGCUGCUGGACUGUGUACGCCGGCUGAUGUUAUCAAAACGAGAUUACAGGUUGUUGCCCGUGCUGGACAAACUACUUAUUCUGGUCUGCUAGAUGCUGCCAGAAAGAUCUACAAAGAAGAAGGAUUUAGUGCAUUUUGGAAAGGAUCUGUAGCUCGUGUCUUCAGAUCUUCACCUCAGUUUGGCGUGACGUUGGUGACAUAUGAACUUCUACAAAGAUACUUAUAUGUAGACUUCGGUGGAACGAGGCCGACCGGAUCAGAAGUGAAACAGGUGACCCACAUAGGAGAUGUAAAGAAGCCUCACAAUCCGGAUCAUAUAGGCGGUUAUUCAGUGUCACUUCCAGUAUUCUCAGGGAUUGAAACGAAAUUCGGACUAUGUUUACCAAAAUUCGGUGUACCUCAGUCCUAAAACAUUUUUUAUUUAUUGUUUAGUCACUUAGGCGACAAUUCUAAACUAUGUUGAUGAUGGAAGGCAUUAUAACUUCAAUAUCCGAAUUGUAUAUCUUAAGGAGAGAGGAGACGACCGACGCUUUUCUGAGUGCUCUGGGUAUUUACCAUCAGUUAAAAAAUAUUACAGAAGCUUGAUAUAUUCCUUGGUCAAGACAGUACAACUGUAAAGUGAUAGAAAAGGGUAUUUAUCGAAAUAUUUUCAUCAGGUCUUUUAUGAUUGAUAUGGCUUGCUUACUUUUUUAUGCACCUCUGAGUCUACACAAGACAAGGCAUGGCAGAUAUAUUUCCUCUCUUCUGAAGAAAUGUGAUAAGAAAACCGUCAAAAAAAUGUUGAUGCUGAGAGGUAAAUAGUUUUAUAAUCAGAAGCGGAGCUAUUGAAUUGCGUACGGGGCAGUGCUUCAAUGUUUGUUUUUUGUAGAGGGGGGGUAGGCGGAUUUAGCUACGCCACUGAUUAUAAUUAUAGUUCAUAUCUUUGUGAAUCGCGAUAGUUAUAGUAUCAGUACCAGCACAUCUUUUUUGUCGAAUAUCAGCACAACUAACUUUUAAAGCCUAGCUCAUUGAAAAUAUGAAUGCUCGCCGUCGCCGAAGAAUUACGUAUAAAGAGUGGAUUGACCUCCACAUCUAAAAAUACGUAACGCCAGGUCUAAUUGUAAGUUUUAAAUUUACAUAAACUUUUGCUUAUGCUCCCUUGUACUAUUGUUGAAUUUACAAAUUCUAUUGUACAUAAAUUUUGCCAAGGACAGAAGUGGGACAAGGAUUAUAUGAUCUUUUUACAAAUUUAUUAAUUUUUGUAUCCAGGAGCUGUGAUAUCCUGUUUGUUUUGCAUUUGUGUAUUGAGUAUAUUAUACAGAAGUUUUACUAUUAGUGACGCCUUUUCAGUUUUUUCUUAUAUUGAUAUCAGAGAGCUGUACAACAACACGCGUUGUUAUCCUAUUCUACUUUAUAAAUAUACACAUUUCAAGUAUA